AUGCAGUUUACCGACGAAGAAGCCACUGGAGUGAAGCAGUGGGUGGUGAAGAAACUGGAGGAUAUCUCCGAUGCCGACUCCGAUGUACUUGCAGACUACGUCCUCGCGCUGAUCAGAUCUGACGCGCCAGAUGACGAGAUUAAAAACACCUCAGUGGAAAAUCUGGAGGAUUUCCUGCGCGAGCACACCAAGCCCUUUGUCGAGGACCUCUUCUCAACCUUCGGUCCAAAGGCACCUGCCCCUCCUGAAUCGCAGCCUCAGAUCCAGCCCCAGCAGGCGUAUGCCGCAUCCCAAUCGCAAGCCCCAGUCAACAUACCGACGGGCCCCAGAAACGAUGCCCCUGUGAACCGGAAACGGACAUUCGGGGAGGGUUUCCAGGGCGAGCCAGAGCGCGAUGAUGGAAUGAUGCAGAACCGCGCGAUGAAAACUCCGCGACGUGGGGGACGCGGCGGCGGCCGUGGCGAUUUCAUGGGCCGUGGAAUGCAACCCGGACAACAAUUCCCCCAGCAGCAACAGCAGCCGGCUGGGUUCCCUAUGAUGCCGGGGAUGCCAGGCAUGCCGCAGUUCGACCCGAACGACCCCAUGGCUGCUAUGAUGGCCAUGCAGGGAAUGGGAUUCCCCCAGAUGCCGGGUAUGCCCGGUAUUCCCGGUAUGCCCGGUCUGCCCGGUGCACCUGGCCAGCCUGGUGGUGAGCAGAUGCCCAAGAGUAACGAGCGCUGUCCGAUGUAUGACACACAGGGUAUCUGCUACCUUGGGAACAACUGUUUCUACCAGCACGGCGAUGGUGCAAAGGAUGAUGAAUAUGACCCCAAGACUGCUGGUUACAACGGACGAGGCGGCGGUCAUCCUCGUGGUGACCGCGGUCGUGGCCGUGGCCGUGGUGGAUAUGGUCGACGAGGAAACGGCCGGUCCGAUUUCUCGUCCGCAGGCCCUAACGAGGACCAGUCAGUUACAACCAUUGUGGUUGAGCAGAUUCCCGAGGAGAAAUUCAAUGAAGAAUCUGUACGCGAAUUCUUCUCUGAAUUCGGUAACAUCGCCGAGGUUUCAUUGCAGCCCUACAAAAAGCUGGCUUUGGUCAAGUACGAUAGCUUUGCCGAAGCCAAGGCCGCCUGGUCGAGUCCCAAGGUCAUUUUCGACAACCGUUUCGUGAAGGUUUAUUGGUAUAAACCUAGCCGGGAGGAGAACCACGCACAGUCCGAGGCACCCGCAUUUAACCCAGAAGAAUUCGAAAAGCAACAAGAAGAAGCCCAACGGGCCCAUGAGGAGAAAAUGAAGAAACGUCAUGAGACUGAGGCAGCCAAGCAGGCUCUCGAGCGUCAACGCGACGAACUCCUCAAGAAACAGCAAGAUGAGAGGGCGCGCCUCAUGCAGCGCCUUGGAGGCUCCGCAGAUACCAGCAAUGACGGCAACGCUAUGGACACAGGCAGCGAGCCCGCAGAAGAGAAUGUGAGCGACGAGACAAAGCAGUUGCGCGCUCAAUUGGCUGCCCUUGAGGCCGAGGCGAAGAGUCUGGGUCUCGACCCGGAGGCUGAUCCUUCAAGCGGAGGCCGCGGUGGCUACCGUGGUCGUGGAGGAUACCGCGGCCGAGGCACAUACCGCGGACGUGGUGGGUAUGAUCCUUCGUCCCGCGGAGGAUACCGUGGGCGUGGUGGAUUUGGAGCUCGCGGACGAGGAGGUGUUCUUCGUUUGGAUAAUCGACCUCGCCGCGUUGCUGUGUCAGGCGUGGAGCUGAACUCUGAUAAGGACGAGGCACUGCGCCAGCACCUGAUGGGCAUCGGCGAAUACGAAUCCAUCGAAAGAAACCCAGAGCAACCCAACUCCGUCGUGGUAGCCUUCAAAGAACGCUUCCAAGCCGAAAAACUCAUGUUCUCUCCCUGGAACAUCCCAUCCGUCGGCGAGGUCCAGCUAACUUGGAUGCCCAACCCACCCAUCACUUUCCCACCCGCUGGAUCAGGGGAGUCCAAUGGUCCAGGUGGGUUUGACCACACCGAACCCGAAGACACACCCAUGUCGUCAGCGCCACCGCCGAACGCUGCACCCCCACGGGAUAUGGAUUACGAUGUUGCUGAGGACGAUAGCUGGGGCGCGUAG